CGACAGCUUCCUUCCCAGGAACCUCUAAUGUAGGUUGCUAAACUGAUGGUGUGAGUCAAUCCUCUCUCUGUUGUAACUUGUAUUAAGUAGUGAGCCUUUACUAAAUUGACACUCCCCUCUGUCUCACUGGGCUGGGCUUCUGAAAUACAAUUUCUUUGCCUGCCUGAAUAAGAAAGCACUUAUGGCAAUCGUAGGGUGUACUUGUUGAAAGCAUACAUUCCCCGAGUCUUUUUCUUGCUCAAAGGGGACGUUGCAGCUUAUAUUAUAAUCAACGUUUAAACCAAUUGAAGGGUGAUAGAAAGUCAAGUGCCUGCUGCUUCAACCAGGAGGAAAGGAUUCCAGUAAUAGUAAGAGAAAACGAUGGGGAUAUUAUAUUCACAGCCCAUUUGUCACGCAGCUUAUCGUAAUGAUUUGAAUGAAGUCCAACUUCUGCUGGAAGAAGACAUCAAUAAUCUGAACGUCCAGGACAGUUUUGGUGGAGAUACACCAUUAAUUUGUGCUUGCAAACAGGGGCACAACAGAAUAGUGAGUUACCUUCUAAAAAUGAAUGCAGAUGUCAACAUCAGAAAUAAGAAACAACGAACGUGUUUGCAUUAUGCUGUCAAAAAACGGUUUGGCUUCAUUGACUACUUGCUUAUUAUCAUCUUAAUGCCUGUUAUGCUUAUUGGAUAUCUCCUCAUGGUAUCAAGAAGUAAGCAGAAUGAAAACCUCAUCAAGCUGUUACUUAGAGCCGGUGUAGACGUUAAUGCUAUUGAUGAUUCAGGAAAAACAGCCUUGCACUAUGCAUGUGAAAUGAAGAACCAGUCCAUCAUCCCUUUACUAGUUGAAGCAGGAACAGAUCUGUCCAUAAAGGAUAAGAUUCUAGGUCAAAGAAUCUACCUGGAAUUUGCAUUGAAACCCAGUUAGCCAUAGUGAGUAUAUUUCAAAAUAACAGUCUCGUGCACAAUUCACACUUCAAAUACCUUCAAGUCUUUGGAACUAUGUAAAUAAUUCCAAUAGGGAAUACAUGCAGCAUUUUCUUGGAAGAGUAACUCUCUUGGGUUUGAUCUUUUUGAGAUUCACAGAUUCAUACCUCUUAACUCAGUGAGAGCUUUUCUCCUAAUAAACAUAAAUGUGGAUUUGUGUAUUUUCCAUCAAAUGUAUGCAUUUUUGUGUGCAUACACUUACUGACUAAAUGUAUUAGUGCACAUUUUCCUACAUAAUUCACAAUUGAACCAUGUCAAAUACAUUUUUAUGGAAUGUUUCACACAUUCAGAAAUAUUCUGAUUUCUGGCCACAAAUUGUGAUCAGUUGUGAAAUGAAAGUUGGGUGAAUCUAUUUAACCAGCCAUCCCCAGUCCGAUGUGUCACUCACUGAAGAAAGAAAUACCAAGAAGGAAUAAGUUUUACCAUUUAAUUAUCUU